GAUUUCCGCUGUUGCUGCCAGAUACCAGAAGGCCAUGAGCGCCUCGGCGACGAGUCCGCCAGCCUACAGGCGCGUGGAGGGCCUUCUGCUAGGGUACUUCUUCAGCGGAGACAGCGUCCGCUCUGCCCUCACAUAUGAGCCACAACCGGGUGACAUCUUCGUGGCAGGCUACCCUAAGUCCGGAACCACCUGGACACAGUACAUCCUCUGGAGCAUCUUCAGUGGCGGUGUCCCUCCUAAGAGCAUCGCUGAAUUCGAGCACAAGAUGCCCGUACUGGAGAGCGCCGGGGCCCAGGGCAUCGCGAACGUGUAUCCUGACAGACCGUGGGCAAUCAAGACGCACCUUCCGUUGUCCAUGCUUCGAUACUCCGAACGGGCGAAGUAUGUCUUCAUCGCGAGGAACCCCUACGACUGUUGCGUCUCGUAUUACCAUCACACCAAAGCUUUUCCAGCGUACCUCUACGAAGACGGCUGUUUCGACCAGUUCUUCGACAUGUUUGUGGAGGGACAAGGGGAGUAUGGCGAUUACUUCGACCAUCUGCUUCCCUGGUACGAGCAUCGAGAAGACCCAAACGUUUUGUUCUUGACGUAUGAAGGUUUUAAGACAGACACCGAACACUGGGUGCUCAAGAUGGCCGACUUCGUGGGAGAAGAGUAUGGGGAGCGACUGAGACGUGACCCGCAAGCACUAAGGCUGGUUAUAAGCCUGUCAAGCGUCGAAAGCAUGAAGAAGAUUUUUAACAGGUCACUUAGUACCAAACAUGGCAAUGCGUCGAAGGCUUCGAGCAGUGCCCAGGGGACGUCAGAAAGCUAUGAGGAGCUGAUUAGGGUCGCGCUUACGAAGCCGAUGACGGGCGAUUUUGUACGGAAGGGGGUAGUCGGAGACUGGAGGAAUCACUUUUCGACGGAGCAACUGGAGAGGAUGAAGAAAUGGAUAAUACGGAAGACACCGGAAAGCGACGUUAUGCUGCUUUGGAAUGACUGUGAUAUUCCUCAACUCUAAUUUCUACGAGCUGACAAAAAAAAAAGAACGAGUUUCUGAAGAAAUCGUUAUAAUGUUGACGAGCUGAUUUCAAGUCUUCACGUGUGUCAUGGACGCUGGCUCAACCUACCAAAUAUGCACCGUCAUCGUCAAGUGUGCGUACGGAAACAUUGGUAGUUCAUUGGAAACGCAUGAUGAGUGUGCCCAGUUCUUAGCAAAGACAUAAAAGCAUGCCAGGGGCGCGGAGUGUCGUUUCAGAUGCAGCAAACCUAAACAAAAAUUAGUUUAGCUCUUGCCACGCAGAACUUGAGCAAUAAAACUUAUUUUUUUAACUAUAGCUAGCGGCAAAACGACCCUUUCCGGAAGUAGUAGUCGUUUUUAUCUAUGCUGCGACGGCGCUUCGCCACCGUAGACGCCCGAGAUGUGAAGAGCGAGUUCGUCUGCUUUUUUUCGCAAGGUCACAUCGAUUGACGCACUUUGACCGCCCCUUAUCAUUGCCAGCUGUCAUGCGGCGGAAGGCCCAGUCGUCUGCCAUUCUUCGUGGACGCCGGAGCGUGAAGGAACGGGCCAAAGAAACGCAGGCUGUAGUCGGGAUCCAAGAAAGCGAGGAUGCAAUCGACCGGAAAGUCCACUCCGGUCUAUAGAGAGAUCGAAGGACUCUACCUCAGCUACUACUUCAGCGACGAGAGCGUCCGCUCAGCCCUCGCCUACAAGCCAAGGCCAGAUGACGUGUUUAUUGUGAGCUACCCGAAAUGCGGUACCACCUGGAUGCAGUACCUCCUCUGCAACAUCUUUAGCGGUGGCGUUCCUCCGAGGGACACGGUGGAAUUCGAGGCCAAGUCACCAUUCUUGGAAUUCACCGGAGCUCAAGGCGCCGAAGAGAUGCCGAGGCCGGGCGCCAUCAAGACGCACCUCCCUUUCGACAAGCAACCUUACUCGAAAGAGGCCAAGUACUUCUACGUCACCAGGAACCCGUACGACUGCUGGGUCUCCUACUACUACCAUAUGAAGAACUUUCCCGCCUACUUCUUCGAGGACGGUACCUUCGACCAGUUUUUCGAUUUGUUCGUGGAAGGAAAAGGGGAGUUCGGCGACUACUUUGACCAUCUGUUGUCCUGGUACGAACAUCGCAACGACCCCAACGUCUUCUUCUUGACCUACGAAGACCUCAAAAAGGACACGGCCUCCUGGGUGCUGAAGAUGGCUGACUUCCUGGGUAAGGAGUACGGCGAGAGGUUGCUAAGUGACCCAGCGCUGCUUAAGCGCAUCGUGGAGAUGUCCAGCGUGUCGAAUAUGAAGAAGGCAUUUAACGACGCGUGGAAGUCAACGACGAUUCAUGUCCCGCCGGCCGUGGAAGCUGACGAAUCGCGGCAAGUCACCAAGGAGUCGUUGGAAGCGGCAGUGAAGAAGCCGAUGACCGGAGAUUUCGUUCGUAAGGGCGUAGUUGGAGACUGGAGGAACCAUUUUUUGCCAGAACAAAUCGAAAGAAUGAAGGAACGCAUUGCGACCAAAACGGCCGGCAGUGAUGUGAUGGAGUUGUGGAAAGAGUGCGACCUUCCAUGACUGAACUACGAGGAGUGAGCUUGCGCGUAAAACUCCUGCGUUGGCUGCGUUGUGUGAAGCAUCUCUAUGUAUAUAUAUUAUAGUGCUGCUAGGAUUAACUCGGUAUACCUAUCGUUUUUGGCGCAAGAUAUUGAACAAAAAGGAAAAGAAUGGUUUCCACACUUUUUUGCUUUUAUGUCCAUUUGAUAAAUUCCGGUCGCCCUUAUUAUAAUUGACUAACUUGAUUAAAGCCUGAUUGGUGUGUAUAUGCACAUCGUGGUGCGGAGAAAUAUAAGCGUGUAUAGGGGUUUCUUGUUUUGCGACUGCUGUUAAUAAAACUCAGACACA